UCUCGCUUACGCUAUGGGAUGUCGGAUGUGAUGCCCUCUGGCCGAAGCAGGCUGCUUGAAGACUUCCGCAAUAACCGGUACCCGAAUUUACAGCUGCGGGAGAUCGCUGGGCACAUCAUGGAGUUCUCCCAAGAUCAGCAUGGAUCCAGGUUUAUUCAGCUGAAACUGGAGCGUGCUACCCCAGCAGAACGUCAGCUUGUGUUCAACGAGAUCCUCCAGGCAGCUUAUCAGUUGAUGGUCGAUGUAUUUGGAAAUUACGUCAUCCAGAAGUUCUUUGAAUUUGGCAGCCUGGAACAGAAGUUAGCCUUGGCAGAACGGAUCCGUGGGCAUGUUCUCUCCCUGGCUCUGCAGAUGUACGGCUGCAGGGUGAUCCAGAAGGCCCUCGAGUUUAUUCCCCCAGACCAGCAGAAUGAGAUGGUACGGGAGCUGGAUGGCCACGUCCUGAAGUGCGUGAAAGACCAGAACGGUAAUCAUGUGGUGCAGAAGUGUAUCGAGUGCGUGCAGCCUCAGUCCCUGCAGUUCAUCAUUGAUGCAUUUAAGGGACAGGUUUUUGCGUUGUCUACGCAUCCCUACGGCUGUCGUGUGAUCCAGAGGAUCCUCGAGCACUGUCUUCCUGAGCAGACCCUUCCCAUCCUGGAGGAACUUCACCAACACACUGAGCAGCUCGUGCAGGAUCAGUAUGGGAACUAUGUUAUCCAGCACGUACUAGAACAUGGUCGGCCUGAGGAUAAGAGCAAGAUUGUAGCAGAAAUUCGAGGCAACGUGCUCGUGUUGAGUCAACAUAAAUUUGCUAGCAACGUGGUGGAGAAAUGCGUGACUCACGCCUCCCGUACGGAGCGUGCCAUGUUGAUCGAUGAGGUGUGCACUAUGAACGACGGCCCGCACAGUGCCUUAUACACCAUGAUGAAAGAUCAGUACGCCAACUACGUGGUACAGAAGAUGAUCGAUGUGGCAGAACCAGCUCAGCGGAAGAUUGUCAUGCACAAGAUCCGGCCUCACAUCGCUACCCUGCGUAAAUACACCUACGGCAAACACAUUUUGGCCAAGCUGGAGAAAUACUACAUGAAGAACGGGGUGGACCUGGGGCCCAUUUGCGGACCACCAAACGGAAUCAUCUGAAGCCACGGAGCGGGGAGGAGCUCACUGGCCACCCGGCACCUACAACCAGCAACCGACGAUAUUCCAAUAUACAGUUAGAAAAGGUUUUGUGGUUGCUAGAAAACAAAAAGACAAAAGAAAAGCCUUUGUAAAUUUCUUUAAUUUUAUUAUGCAUAACAUGUACUAAUUAUUUUUUUUAAUUAACUAAUUGCCCUGCUGUUUUACUGGUGUAUAGAAUACUUGUACAUAGGUAUCAAAUGUACAUGGAAGGCCACAUUUUUGUUCACUGUUGUAUCUAUAUUCCAAAUGUGGAAACUUUCAGGGUGGUUGGUUUGAAGAAAACAAACAAAAAAACCGUUUUUAAUUCAUCUUGCCUUGCAGGCAACUUUUUUUGCAAAUACCUGUUUUUUCUCCUUUUACUCAAAGGUCAGGAAGAAGUUUGAAUUUUAGUUAAAUGGCACAAAAAUGACGUAUUUAGCACUGUUUAUAAAUAAAAGAA